AAUGUCUGAAUUCUCCCGACUAUGCCAAGCCGCAGGGAUAAUGAAACCAAUGUUUCUCUUUAUUGGUGGUGGCAAUAUGGCUUCAGCAUUAGUACACGGGUGUAUUGAAUCAGUACUCAACGCUCGUCGAGCGUGGCAAAAAUUUCGAGUUCUUUUCAAAGCGCAGGAGUACAUACUUGAAUUGGCACAGUGUGUUCAAAUACGCAAUCGACGUAGGAUAAUCAAAGCGAUCGGCAAAGGCCGAUGUCAGCCUGCGAAUCCACGGAUUCGCAAAUUGAGCUCUACUCUUUACCAUGGUCCAGUCAUUCGAAUCAUGCCAAAUACAGCCGCUUCUGUCGGUAGCAGUGCUUCCAUUCUGUGCGUUGAUUCUAAAGACACCGCAAAAGAAAAGAUAGAUAUCGCCAAGACCUUUGCUUCUAAAGUUGGAUCUUGCGUAGAGGUUGAUUCCAAAACCUUUAACGCCUAUGGUGUUGUGUCAGGAUCAGCGCCGGCAUGGGCGUACAUGUUCAUGGAAUCGCUUGCUGAUGGAGCGGUGUAUGCUGGAUGUUCUCGGGAAAUCGCAAUGAAACUCGCUGCUCAGAGUCUACUGGUUCGCGAUGAAUACAGAGACGCUUUCGAUCCUGAGCGAGGAGGUUUCGGAAGAGCAUUUCAAAACUAUGGUGAAGAAAUCCAGACCAACGAAUA